UCCAAGCACAGUCUAAGCUAUAGUAGAUCUUCGACAUGGCAUUCCGUAUCAUGUCACCCCUCCUCUGCCUUAACAUGAAUGUGCUGCUACUUUUAAUGCUAAAAAUGGCAGAUCAUUUUACACCACUUUUGGCUGCUGGUGGUGACAAUGAUAGUAUUCUUCAACAGCCAACAGUGCCCCUUCUCAAUUAUUUGAGAGUAUCCACGUUUUCUGAAGGGUAUGCCAAUCUAUGGGGAGGCCAACACCAAAAUGUUUCAGAAGAUGCUUACUCUGUUACACUCACAUUAGAUAGCUCAUCUGGUAGUGGGUUCAAGUCAAAAGAGGCUUACAUGUAUGGCUUCUUCAGCGCUGCUGUUAAACUCCAGGAGGGAUAUACUGCAGGAAUCAUCACUUCUUUCUAUCUUUCGAAUAGCCAAGUUUAUGAAGGAUGGCACGAUGAGAUAGACAUAGAGUUCUUGGGAACAAUACCUGGAGAGCCAUACAAAUUGCAGACCAAUGUUUAUGGCAACGGUACAGGAGAUGGAAAUCUGAUCGGUAGAGAGCAACAAUUUCAUCUCUGGUUCGACCCAACUCAGGAUUUCCACAACUACAGUGUUCUCUGGACGCCUUCUCAAAUCCUAUUUUUGGUGGACGGUAUCCCCAUAAGGAGGUUUCCGAAGACAAAAAAUCUUGGAGUGAUAUACCCAUCAAAGCCAAUGUCUGUGUAUGCAACAAUUUGGGAUGCAUCUUCAUAGGCGACAGAUGGGGGGAAAUACAAGGCCAAUUAUACGUAUGAGCCCUUCCUUUCCAGUUACACCAACUUCCAAACGAUUGGAUGCGAUGAAAAGGAUAACUACUGCUCCAAAGUGCUCUUAGAUGGCUGUUUGGUUUCUCGGCAUUUGAACAAAAAGCAAAUAGUUGAUCUGAAAUAUGUUAGGAAGAAUUAUAUGACAUACGACUACUGCCAAGAUUUGCAGCGAUAUCCCAAGGGUUCCAUGCCUGAAUGCCCAGCACAACCAUCCGAUUCAUACUAAUUUAUUCUCCAAAGUUUGGUAAAAGAGGAAGUGGUCUCGGAAUUAGAGAAAAAUAGAUUAUUUAUAGUAAUUCUCAUCUUUAUGUUUUAUCCUGAUGUAUAAGGUUUAGAGACCUUUUAAAAUCUUUUUCAAUUCAAAAUUCAUCUGAAAAUCUUA